AAGCCCUUCACUCGCAAGCUCUCGUUCGCUGUCGUCGUCCUCAACAUCAUCUCCACGAGCUACACGUUCGCCAUUUUAGGCGCUUCACUCAGUCUAGCUCUAGACAUCCUGUGACCUAUCCAGUCUCUCUCGCGCGCACACUUUUGACGCACUUAUAACGUAAUGGUCGGCAUGGGUCCACGAAAGCCUCCUUCCCGUAGGGGGUCCAUGGCCGAUGUGCCAGAGGAUCUCAAGAGUCAAAUCAAGAGACUCGAGGAACUCUUUACAGUACCACAGGAAAAGCUUAAAGAGGUUACGGACCAUUUCAUUUCAGAAUUGGCGAAAGGUCUGUCUGUAGAUGGUGGUAGCAUCCCUAUGAACGCCACAUGGUGCAUGAACUACCCCGAUGGCCACGAGACCGGUACAUUCAUUGCCCUGGAUAUGGGUGGAACCAAUCUCCGUGUCUGUGAGAUUACUCUACCAGAAGAAAAGGGUGAAUUCGACAUCAUACAAUCGAAAUACCGCAUGCCAGAAGAGCUGAAAACUGGUUCUGCUGAAGAGCUUUGGGAGUACAUUGCCGACUGUCUGCAACAAUUCGUUGAAUACCACCACGAAGGCGAAGAGCUUGACCAGUUACCCCUCGGUUUCACGUUCUCGUAUCCAGCAACACAGGAAUAUAUCGACCACGGAGUCCUACAGCGAUGGACAAAGGGGUUUGAUAUCGAUGGCGUCGAGGGCAAAGAUGUGGUACCGCCAUUUGAGGCAGCUCUCAAGGAGAAGGGUGUCCCAAUCAAAUUGACUGCUCUAGUCAACGAUACGACUGGAACUCUCAUCGCCUCCGCGUACACGGACACGAUGAUGAAGAUUGGCUGUAUCUUCGGUACCGGCUGUAAUGCGGCUUACAUGGAGCAUUGUGGAGAUAUCCCCAAACUUGCUCACCUUAACCUACCUAAAGACGCUCUGAUGGCUAUCAAUUGCGAGUGGGGAGCUUUUGAUAAUGAGCACAAAGUUCUACCUCGUACUCAAUAUGAUAUUGUGAUCGAUAAGGAGUCACCGAGACCAGGCCAACAAGCAUUCGAGAAAAUGAUCGCCGGUCUAUACCUCGGCGAGAUUUUCCGUCUCGUGGUCCUUGACCUUCACAAGAGCAAUGAGUGUAGUCUUUUCAAGGAUCAAGAUGUCAGCCAGCUAGAGAAGCCGUACAGCCUCGACGCCGGUUUCCUUGCUGCUAUCGAAGAGGACCCCUUUGAGAACUUGUCAGAAACUCAUGACAUGUUUAAGAAGAAGAUUAACAUUGAUGCUACGAGGCCCGAGCUGGAGCUCUGUCGCCGUCUUGCAGAACUCAUCGGGACCCGUGCUGCACGUCUUUCAGCCUGUGGUGUAGCCGCUAUCGCAAAGAAGAAGAACCUUGGCGAAUGCCAUGUUGGUGCUGAUGGCUCCGUCUUCAAUAAGUACCCGCACUUUAAGGCGCGCGGUGCCCAAGCUCUCCGCGAGAUUCUCGAUUGGCCAGAGAAGACGAAGAGGUCAGAGAAGGACCCGAUUGAGAUCCUCCCCGCCGAAGAUGGUAGUGGUGUAGGUGCGGCUUUGAUUGCGGCGCUAACAAUGCAGCGCGUACAGAAAGGUGAGAAUUGGGGAAUCCGGGAUCCAAAGGCGAUUUUGGAAGCGAUGAAAAGCGCCAAGAAAUGAGUGAGACCAAUUUUUGUACUCAGACAUUCCUAGCUAUAUAACUCCUGUUCACGUCGCAAGCUCAUGUCUGGAACAUGAUUUUCCCAUGCCUCUGUUCACUGCCAUACUUCUGUCGUUCUGUCUCUCUUGGAACAACAUCUGGGUAUAGUCUUCAAAGCCAGCCAUAGUAAUAACAUUGACAACCCAUACUUGUUUAGAGACAUAGAAUGAACGAAUACAUAUAAGCUGUGCGAUAUCUUCCCUAUGUCUCUUCGUAAUGUCCUCAAAACUUUUGUCGCGUAUAGUCAACCGUAGUCAUUUCUAAGAUGCCAGCGGUUACACUCCACUAUACGUCAUCGUAAAGCCACUGGCAGCUCAGAUUUCUGUACAUUGCGCACUGGAUGGGGACGUCUAAUUGAACAGUAGCGAAAGCGGGAGCUAUAGAGCUACGAGUUGGAGCAACGAAUGUAUGGAUGC